UGUUUACCGUCCUCCAGGUCAACUGGGGAAGUUCAUCGAUGAAUUUGACACGCUACUGUCCACCAUCCCAGAUGAUGGAACUCCUCUUCUGGUCCUUGGUGAUUUCAACAUUCAUCUAGACAAGCCACAUGCAGCUGACUUUCUUGCUCUCCUUCCCACAUUCGACCUCAAGCAGUUCACCCCACCAGCACCCCACAAAGCCGAACAACCUCCUGGACACCAAGCAGUCUGGUUUCAAGAGCAACCACUCCACAGAGACUGCUCUACUUUCUGUCACUGAAGCCUUACGACUAGCAAGAGCAACCUCUAGAUCAUCUGUCCUCAUCCUACUUGACCUCUCUGCUGCUUUUGACACUGUGAACCAUCAGAUCCUCCUGUCGACUCUCUCCAGCCUGGGCAUCACUGGAACGGUUCUGCGCUGUCUGGAAUCCUAUCUCUGUGACAGAUCCUUCAAGACAAUGGCCUUAAAACGCCAGUGAAGUUUGCAGAACAAACAAGACGACCAAGAUUUCUUUGAAAAGCUCAUGAUUGGUCAGUCUGGGCCUGCCCCUAUACCCUAUAUAAGAAAUAUGAGACCACGAGAAAGCGAAACUAUUUAGCAAAUGUGAGCAUACUCUAUGCAGAUUUGAUAUCGUCGCAACCAGCUAUAGUUAAACACAACGCUCAAGAGCAGCACAACCAUCCAAGAAAUGGGAAAUCAACAAUCCACUCCAUCUCCUUCCUCACAAGUGCUCCCGGAGCCUUGGAGAAAAAUGGACUGUGAAAAAGAUGAUAUACUGAGAAAAGUGAAAGAAUUCAAGCCCAGCACCGAGGUCCUCAGAAUUAUGCUGUAUGGACCGACUGGCGUUGGGAAAUCAUCCUUCAUCAACUCAGUCCAGAGGGUCCUCUCAGGCCAGAACGCCAUGAUUGCUCUGGAAAACUCCACACUUACAGGAAAAAGCUUUACAAAAAAAAUGAACAUACACAAGCUGAAGAAGGGCCGGGGUGAGCCUUAUCCUCUGGAGAUCGUUGACAUCAUGGGGAUUGAAUCGACAGAUGGAGGAAUAAAACAUGAAGACAUCAUCAAGGCAUUUUUGGGACACAUUUCAGAUGAGUACAUCUUUAAUCCUGGGGCAGCCAUAACCGAUCACGACCCAAAAUACAAAAAGAACCCAACUUUGCGUGAUAAGGUUCACUGUCUGGUGUGCAUUCUGUCUGCGGACUCUGUUUCAAGAAUGGACGACAAGGUCUUUGAUGAAUUGAGGCUCGUUCGAGAGAGUGCUAGCCUGUUGGGAAUCCCUCAAGUCAUCGUCAUGACCAAGGUGGAUAAAGCCUGUGAGACGGUUAGCCAGGAUUUAAAUAAAAUAUACUACAGCAAGAAGAUCAAAGAGAAGGUGGAUAAAUGCAAUGUUAACGUGGGCAUCCCAUUAAACGCCAUUAAACGUGAGAUGUCCACAAAACAAGUUAUCAUUUACAUUAUAGCAGUUGUAAACACUUGUUCCCAUAUUGGCCUCUCUUUUAAUCUAAAUAAAUAA